GUUGCUACCACCGCUCGUCCCAGACGUGACUAGUUGAUUCGUCAGCCGACCUCCUCCUCCGCUUUGGGGAAUGUUUAGGUAAUCCUGUGCAAGACCGACCCUACCUUCAUUGAGUCAACGUCAAAUUUGCCCCUACCUUUGUCUCAUGAGUCAACAAACACCUGUCUGAUUUCAUAUGCAACGUCUGCAGCAUUGAGCAUGGUCCGACUCUGAUUGCAUGAUCCGACUUCUGCCAUAAUUCCUGAUUGGGCCGUGAUUCUAUUACGCGGUUCCCGCACCUUCAGUCCCAUGACAAAGUACUGUGAUUCUGAACCGCCGUUCAUUUCGCUAGUGGAGAAACACGGAUGCCAGUCUCUUCAAAACCUGAACGGAGCGAGUGGUGAUCCGAAAAUUUCUUUGUUCUCUCACCAUGUCCAUGCCUGAUAGAUUUACGCUGAAGAAGCUAUACGACCUCAAUGGCCUGAUCGCACUCGUGACCGGUGGCGGUACUGGCAUCGGCCUUAUGAUUGCUCGGGGCCUCGCUGCUAAUGGGGCGAAGGUGUAUAUCACUGGUCGACGAAAAGAGGUCCUUGACAAAGUGGUUGCGGAGUGGAACGCAACUAAAGGAGACGAGAUGGGAGCUAUGGUCGCGCAUGAGAUGGAUGUAACGAAAAAGGACAGCAUCAAAGCGGGUGUAACGAGAAUAUCCCAAGCAGAGGGAAAACUACACAUUCUCGUGAACAAUGCUGGCCAAGGAGGCCCUGUAUCUCCUGAAUUAAAUCAACCAUCGACGACUGCUCAAAAGGAGGCUGGACCACUCAGUGAAUACCUCUUCAACAGUGAAUCGUUCGAGGAAUGGAGCUCCCUUUUCGCGAUUAACACCUUUUCGAUUUACUUCGUGUCUAUUGCCUUUUUGGAUUUACUCGACAAGGGCUCUAAGGAUAAUGAGAAUUUCUCUUCAAGCGUCAUCAAUAUCACGAGUAUCAGCGGGCUCAUGAAGCUUGCACAGAGACACUUCUGCUACAACAGCUCAAAAGCUGCCGGGUCUCACCUCACUAGGAUGCUUUCGACGGAAUUUGCUCUCAGAGGAAUCAAUGUUCGAGUGAACGCCAUCGCGCCAGGCGUGUAUGAAAGCGAGAUGACAGACGACGUCAUUUCAGGACAAGCAGCAACUGAUGCAGUCGGUAUGCCAGUGAUAUCUGUGCCAGCGAAGAGGCCGGGGACCGCUGCCGAAAUGGCAGGCACUGCCGUUUACCUUGCAUCGCCUGCUGCGGCUUAUAUGAAUGGGCAGGAACUGAUUAUCGAUGGUGGAUAUCUGGCUGUGAAUCCUUCCAGAGUGUAGUAUGAGUCCUGGAUUGCAUUUUCGUUUUUGGGUCUGGUGUAAGACUGGUGGUUUGCGUAACAUAUCGUUUAUCACAUCAUAGACAUGUCUUUUCCUUAGCUUGUACACUACAUUGUUGUCGUCCGCAAUCCCGAACGUGACUCUGUUUAGCUU